GUGCUGUGUUCUUGGCGUUUGCAUUGAAUUAACUGCACUUGAACGUAUAGCAUCCUCGAAACUAAUUGUUAGGUGAAAACCUCAAAACUCUUCUAAAUUUGAUUCCUUUGCAUAUUAAUAAAGGUUGUAGUGGUGUAAGUUGAUUUUUAAAUUCCCUUAACUCCUGAGUAAUGCUGUCAAACUCAGUUAGGUGUAAUUGAGAACCUCAUAACUGCAGUCGUUCUCCUCUUUCCCCUUUCCUUCCCAAUUUUAUGAAAAGACACGUUAAUUUGCAUCUUUGUAUCUUAAGGUCUUAUUGUUGCGCAGGACAAUAAUUGCUGUUGCAAUAAGCCUUCAUUUCUUAUAUAGUAUAUGCUGAAAUUUUGUUCUAAAACAUAUUUGAAACAGAGAGACCUGAAACUGUUCAAGAGAUUUAAGAGCGCACACAAACCCAGUCAAAUUGUUUUGUUUUGUUUCUGACGAUCCUUUAAAUAGUAAGUGUUAGCAUUGCUAAACUUUAAACAAAAUGGAGCAGGGAGAUCUUGGGUAAGAGAUGUUGCUGAAAUUUCCUGAUGCUUUCCCUUUCCAGCCUUGUGUGUUGUCUUGAAUGAACAAAAAAGGAAAUGCAGUACUGUAGCCGUUCUGUCUGCGCUCUGACACUUCUUAAAACAGAUUUUCUCCUUGGCUUCAGCAGUAUGCAUACCCCAGGAAUUCUUUCCUUUCAGCAGUCUGCUGCUCUUGUUCCACGCUCGAGAGCAGAAGCGUGCAAAGAGAAUCAGUUGAUGGCUGCAGUGAAUUAAUUUUUAAGUCUAGUAAGACCUGUGUGUGCACGUCUGUUCAGUGCCCUUUCUUUAUUGUAGCUGAAUAGAACAGUAACUGGUUUGCUGUUAACUCCGAUGAAAUAUUUCCUGUGACUGAAUACAUGGUAACAUCUGUUACAGAAAGUUUAUCAUAGGAGCCUCUGUGAAGCUGUUUUUUUGAAGUAAUGCCAAUAGAAAGUGGAAGUUGUGCAUCUGCUCGCCAAGCAAAGCAGAAACGUAAAUCGCACAGCCUUUCCAUCCGAAGAACCAACAGUUCCGAGCAAGAACGGGCCGCGCUGCAGAGAGACAUGCUGGAAGGGCAGGAUUCUAAGCUACCAUCUUCUGUUCGGAACACACUCCUUGAACUUUUUGGACAAAUAGAGCGGGAGUUUGAAAACCUGUAUAUUGAAAAUUUGGAAUUACGUAGAGAGAUUGAUACGCUUAAUGAGCGUUUAGCAGCUGAAGGACAGACAAUUGAUGGAGCUGAACUGAGCAAAGGACAACUGAAAACAAAAGCCAGUCAUAGUACCAGUCAGCUUUCUCAGAAAUUAAAGACAACUUACAAGGCAUCUACUAGCAAGAUUGUCUCCAGUUUUAAGACUACAACAUCAAGGGCAAUCUGUCAACUGGUAAAGGAAUAUGUUGGCCACAGGGACGGUAUUUGGGAUGUCAGUGUCGCGAAAACUCAGCCCGUGGUUUUGGGAACUGCAUCUGCUGAUCACACUGCUUUGCUCUGGAGCAUAGAAACAGGGAAGUCCCUUGUCAAGUAUGCAGGGCACGUUGGAUCAGUAAAUUCCAUAAAGUUUCAUCCAACUGAGCAAGUGGCUCUUACAGCAUCUGGAGACCAGACAGCUCAUAUCUGGAGAUACAUAGUACAGUUGCCUACACCUCAGCCAACUGCAGACUGCAGUCAAGUGUCCGGAGAAGAUGAAUUUGAGUUCUCAGAUAAGGAUGAACCUGAUGGAGAUGGAGAUGGUUCUAGUGACUGUCCCACUGUCAGAGCCCCGUUAACUUCGCUCAAAAGCCAUCAAGGAGUGGUCAUAGCAGCCGACUGGCUUGUGGGGGGAAAGCAAGCUGUGACAGCUUCGUGGGAUAGGACAGCAAAUCUGUAUGAUGUAGAGACUUCUGAACUAGUCCAUUCUCUUACAGGGCACGACCAAGAGCUAACGCACUGUUGUACGCAUCCCACCCAGCGUCUUGUGGUGACAUCAUCCCGCGAUACAACUUUCCGUCUGUGGGAUUUCAGAGAUCCUUCUAUCCAUUCUGUGAAUGUCUUUCAGGGCCACACAGACACUGUGACAUCUGCAGUUUUCACCGUGGGAGACAAUGUUGUUUCUGGCAGUGAUGACCGUACUGUAAAAGUUUGGGAUUUGAAAAACAUGAGGUCUCCUAUUGCAACCAUCCGUACAGAUUCAGCAGUCAAUAGGAUUAACGUGUGUGUUGGCCAAAGAAUCAUCGCGCUUCCACAUGACAACCGACAGGUUAGGUUAUUUGACAUGUCAGGAGUGCGAUUAGCACGCCUCCCUCGCAGUAAUAGACAGGGCCACAGAAGAAUGGUGUGCUGCUCAGCGUGGAGUGAGGACCACCCAAUCUGUAACCUCUUCACAUGUGGAUUUGAUCGUCAGGCUAUUGGCUGGAACAUCAACAUCCCCGCUUUGUUACAAGAAAAAUGAAAUGCUGGAAGAAUUUUUGCAUUUUAUGUUGCCGUGGACUUCUACACUCCCGCAGACUUCUCCGGAUAUCGGUCUGCUAUUGCUCCAAAAGCUCUUCCUUAAAUGGAGACUUCAGCAAAUGUUGUUCUUGUUACCACGUUGUGCACAGUUUGCAUGAAUUGUACAGAAAAUGUGAUUUUUUUAAAAUUAGUUCGUCUCGUGUAUGAACUUUUAUAUUUUGGCAUCCACUGGUCAAUAUGUUCACUGUUGCAUAGAGCACAUAAAUGUUCAUAAGUUAUUUAGCGUUUGAUAGAUAAACAGUAGGGCAUUACAUUUGUGACAUAAAUGUGAAAUUUAUGUAGUAAGUGUAGAGAAUGCAUAGCAGUCUGUUACGUUUUUCCAUGACUCUACAUAUCUGCCUUGUGUUAAAAAGAAUCUGCAGGGCUAAAAGUUUGAAAUGAAGUGUGAAUUUCACUAGGUAUAUGAUUGUAAACGUUUUCCUGUUUGCAUCUGAUCGGAAUAGUUUUUUAGUGCUGCAGUAUAAUAGUGCAACUUCAACUCCAUUUUUAGUCCAGUUACUGGAGAAAUAGUAGAUUUGAGAAGGAAAAUAUAAACUACUUGUAGUGAGUAUAGGCUGCAAGGUUUAUUCUGAAUGCUUUUUGUACUUUUUCUUUUGAAAAAGAAAAACGUUCAUUCUGCCCUUCUUAUAUAAAGUGAUUCUAAAAAACUCAUGGCAUUUCACACUAGCAAAAAUCCAGAAUAUUAUGAUUCUAAUCACUGAAAUCUAGUCAAGCAAAUUUUGAAGCACUUUAGUUUAUAGCUAUUGUUAUAAACCAUGUAUGAAAGUUUGACUUUACCAGUGAAUGUGAGCUGACCUUUGUAAGAAGGAUUGCUUCUUUUUGGUGAUCUGCCCAGAAAGGAAAUAGGUUUUUUCUUUUUCUUUUUUUUUCUCUUAUACCUACAGUGAGCAUGCUUUAAAUGUGCUCACUGCCCGUAUUUUUUUUUUUUUUGAGCCAGCAAUACAAAAUAAAUUAGUACUACCUCAAAAGUGAAUGUUGGUCAAGAUGCAUUGAAUCUCUCUGUAGCCUAGAAAAAAGCACUUUUGGUCUCUGGCUGAAGAACUCUCUCUGACAUGAGAGGAAAGACAAUCAUACUAAAUGUGAUCCUUAAGAUAAUUAACACUUAAGGCUGAUGGAGCAAUAUGGUAAGUAAACAUCAUCUGUCACCUUUGUGUUCUCAGCUGUGACAAGGGCUGCUGCAGUCCCUAUCGUGUUCCAAGGGGGAUAAUUAACACAGGUCUCCCUUCUUUCUCCCAAAUGAUCUUACUCUGGUUUUGCUCCUCGCUGUGCUCAGCCUCUUUUGCACUGGCAAUGUGGUGUUACACCACAGCUGCUGAUUAUGCAAGUAAAUGCAAGUGGCAGCUGACAUCUGCAAAAGAACAGGAAGGCUGCUUCAGACAGACACUUCUUAGCUGGAGCGAGAUACUGCCCCUAUCUGUCUGACAUAUCACACUGUAAGAUGAAGGGUGAGGGAAAGCACUCUUACAGUGGGAAUCAGAGAGUAUAUUGGGUUGCCGUAAGUAAAGUAGUCAAAACUUUUUAUCACGUUCUUAGGAUUACAUGAAGCUGUAGCUGUGCUCGUGUCCUGUACAGCACUGUUCGUAAUGACAUUAAGGCUGAUGUGUUUGCUGGUUUGCCUGUUAACUAACACAUAAGGGCAUUAGAGUGCAAUGGAAGGGGAUGGUGAAUGCAUCAUUGAGUAGUUACAGGGAAGCUGGGGUCCUAGAAAUGGUUUUUGAGUGCAUAACAUUGGGGAAGCUCAAGGUAUUUAAUGGAGUAGUCUAGUAUCUUUAUAGUAUGGGUCGUCGUAGCUUUUUUUUUUCUGAGGUACAAGAUACAUGCAGAAUUGUACUGAAGCAAUCUUAAAGCACCAAAACUAGUGAGGUUGAGGAAAGCAGCUGCAGAGUUUUAAGCCUUCUGAUAACAAGGGUUAAAGGAUGGUGUCAAAGUUUGUUUUCACUUUUUUUUUCUGGGUUUUUAACUCUUGGGUAAGGCCAUCUGAUAUUGGAUUGCAGGUUUUAUUCUUCAAGAAAAAAGGCUCACUUUUUCUUUCAGUUGGUAAUGGAGAGAGCUUUAGGCAGGUUGAUGCUGCUUAACAAAGAGAGAAACUUUUUUCCAGCCAGUAGAAGCGGUUUCUCCAGCGUGGCCUGUGUAGCAUCUUGAGCAAUGACUAACCUUUAAUUACGUGAGGUGGGGGAGAAGGUCACUGUUUUGGUCCUGCUAAACUAAAUUGACAGCUUAAGCUUCUCUAAUAUACAUAUGUAACACAGGACCACUGAUUCUAUGCAGUUUAAUCAUUGCUGCAAGCUUUUUAUAUCACCAGAGGGACACACCUCUGGCACCAGGAACGGGAUGAUUACACACUUUUACUUUUGGAAAAAAAAAUCAACCAGACAAGGUGCUAGAGCCACGUUCUUAUGAGCAGGCUAAUACUCAAUCAGCUAAAUACUGAACUAUCCCUUAGCUUAAUUUUAUAUACUGUACUGAAGAUUAACUCCAGGCUGCUGUUCCCCUUGAAGCAAAUCACCCCUGAGCAGUAGCAGCGAAUGCUACUGCCUUGACUAAACACGUGGAAAACAUUUCAUGGUUUUGAAUGUUCCAGAGAGAGUUUUUCAGCGUUAAACAAUGUCCAACAUUUCAUAAAAUGGAGGAAAGUUGCAGUUUCAGUAUUGUGCAGAAUUUCACAGGAAAUUGAUCACUGGGCAAAAUCAAGCUUUUAUGUCUUUUAAGCAAUGCACAUCAGUUUUCACAAGUUGUGUGUAUACUUUGCAAUCAGAUCUGGAGUGAAACAUCUUAUUUGUUGCCUAAAUCUGUGAAAACCAUCUUUUUGGAAAAAAAGAAUUUAUAAGUUAUGUGGAACCACUUUUUAUUAUUCUGCUAAUUUGUUUUUAGAUGUAAUAUGUUAUUCUUCAUUAUGAUUCAAAAUGCAUUAAAACAUUCAACUUUUUUUUGCAA